CUUUGACUUCAUCUCCACUACUCUCAAGCUCGUCAUGGCCCUGAGCAGGGGCGCCAUCGCCCUCGUGCGACAGCAAGCUGCGUCACAGGCAGACAUCCAACGAUAUGCCUCGAUUCGCUCCUUCUUUGCUGCGCAAGGAGCGAUGACCUUGCCCAGGCCGAUACGACCACUUGCCGCCAAGGGCCACCUCUCUCGCUCCUCAUUCUCAACCUCAGCUGCAUCAAACAGCAGUCAUGAUGGCGACAAGGGCCGAGAUCCGCAGCAUGCAGAUGACGCUCAACCAUCUCAGCCGUCUCAGUCGAGGCACGAUGAUGAACGAGGCCCUUUCGCAAACUACCCUCGCAACCUCAGAGAGCUAGCAAUGCGGUCGAUAUCGCAUCGAGCAUCAAAGCUAUCCUCAUCCGCAUCACCACAGAGCGACUCGGCCUCAUCUUCAUCCACUGCGGAUCAGCAAGGCGACCCAUCGACACCUCCACCUUCUCAGCAGCACAGCCUUUCCCCUCUACCCUACCGUCGACCGACGAAAGAAGAGCUCUUACGCUACGCGCAUGGAUUCUGGACACGCUUCGGUAUUCGUUUCAAGUGGUUCACAAUCCGCAGCUUCCGUCGCUUUAACGCAGACGACUUCUCUGCCUUUCUCACGCUCGGUGGACUGGGCACCAUCAUCCUCAUCGUCGUGGGGACCACGACGGCUGUCAGCAUUGUACUGUGGGGCCUUGAUAUGCUCAAUAUGCAGCACUGGAUCGGCCGCAAAAUCGCCGACUACCUCACCUCCUCCACAGGCAUCACCGUUGUCUUCGAGUCAGCCAUCCUCCCGAAAUGGAAGGACAGCCGCAUCUGCUUUCAAAAUGUCUUCAUGACUCGUCGCGCACAGGGAAAUGAUCCCGAGUCGCUACGCUUGGAGAGGGCCAAGAAGCGCAAAGCCCGCCUCAGGAGGGAGAGCGGUGAGCAACGCAGAGGAGCGGCGGCACAGAGUGCUUCGCAGGGCAUGCCCUGGGAAGGCGGAUCCUGGGAAGAAAUCGGAGACGAAGUCGCUCCACCGCUACAUCCGAGCGCGACAGGAGAGCAUCUGAGUCAAGAGGAGCGUGAGGGCGUCAACACAAACUUUACUAUGUUCGACUUAAACGUCGACACCAUUGAGGUGACAUUGAGCAUAUCACGGUGGUUUGAGGGUAAAGGGUUGGUAGAAGACGCGGUAGUCAAAGGGGUGAGAGGCAUCAUUGAUCGACGAAAUGUCCACUGGGACCCAAAUAAGCCCUACGACCCUAAGGCUGCGAGAAGGCAGGCCAGCCCAGGCGACUUUGAGAUCGAGAGCCUGGCAGUGGCCGAUGUGCUGGUCACAAUCUACCAGCCGGGAAAUUUCCGGCCGUUCAAUUUCUCAGUAUUCAAUGCGUCGAUUCCCAAGCUGAGGAAACAAUGGCUCUUCUACGACUUACUGGGCGCUGACAGCAUCACGGGUCAGGUAGACGGCUGUCUCUUCAGUCUACAUAAGCCACAGAGCAUCGGUCGCACGCACGAGAAGGAACGACAGAUGAGCGAGAGCACGGGCCGAUGGCGCACAAUCUCGCGCAUGCGCAUCGAUGGUGUCAAUAUUGACCACAUCCAAUCGCAAAGCCAAGCCGGCCGGACGGGGCCGCUUUCCUGGAUCCUGAGCGGGCGCUUCGACGUGGUUGCGGAUAUUCGCUUCCCGCGGGACUCGGCAGAGGAUGUGGAUAUCAACACCAUUAUCAACGAGAUUGUCGACAACCUCGCAAACGCUGUCAGCGGCAACGGCAAUGGGAAUGGCAAGAGGUCCAGCGGCAAGAAUAGGCGACGCCCCGUGUCCGAUGAGGAUCUGGAUCUGGACGGCGUAACGAAUGUGGACCCUGACUCACCCAUUCCCGGGCAGCACAAGCUCGAUAAGCCGGCCAUCUCUGCCCCUCUCACGGCCGUGGGUCCCGCUGCCGAAAAGGCUUGGAGGGAGAGCAUCAAGGGUACCGGGCUGCACGCGGGAGGUAGCGAUGGCGAUGAAGGCAGCGAUGGCGCUCUCCGCCACGAGCGUGAAGAGAUGCGCAGGAGGAGCUGGCGACGACGGCUGAAGGCGGCAAUCUUCUCUUCAUCGGGGGAGGACCCGCCUCCUAUGGAAGAGCCCGAGCUACCUGAGGACUCGCAGCGUCUCCAUCAUCAUCACCACCACGAGGGCAGCGAUCAGGACGAGGCUUCUUCAUCCGCACAUCAAGACGAACCGCCAGCUACUCCACCACCCUCCGUCGUGAUAGACCUCGACGUUCGAUUCAAAGACAUCAAAGCAGCUGUUCCGCUCCUGCAUUCGGACCUCCCAUACUCGCGUCAAGCCUUUGUCCGACCCAUUGUAGCAUUCAUGAACGCCAACCGAACCCUCAUCCCUUUGACGGCCCGCAUCGUCAUGGAUCUGGGUGAGUUCGACGGUAGCAUCGACCUAGCUCAAACGGGACUACUGCCGCUGGUAAGCGAGCAGAUGUACGAGGCGUUGGCGAGUCAUGUAGAGUCGGAGGCCGAGAACAGUAAGAGGUGGAAGAGAGUGAGCGUUUGGAGUUUGAAGAGUGCACUUUGGGGGCUGUUGGGAUUGGCGAGACAGCUGAGGGAUGCGUUGGAAUGAUGCGCGAGAGGAGGAGGAGCAAGAGGGUAUACGGGCCGCUCAAUUCUCGGACAAUCUAUCAAUUGUCAUCAACUUUUACUCUCCAUCCGUACGAGCUCAAAGCACGCUGAAAGGCA